CUAUGCUUAAAAUGGUUUCGUCUAAGUGUCCUCAUAACCAGCUCGGGUUACGAGAGACCUUUAAAAACGGAGAGCAGCGUUAUUGAACGACGACGGAUCUUCACUUUUACAGUUGAGCUACUUCGGUAAACAGUCUCCUUCUGUGGAGACUCGGAGGAGCUGCAACCCAAGAUGCCUCUCAACGACGAACGGCCCGGCGGAGAGGACCGGGUAGACGAGCCGUCCACCAGCGGCCUGGACGGGUCCCGUGAAAGCAUCGCUGGCGACCACGCCGCCAAAAGCCGCUCGCCCUCCGCAGGCCCCCCCAAAACAUUCACCGUGGAUGGGGUCAAUGAGUCCACCAGAGACCUGUUCAAUCUGCGCUUUGCCCAUGAGAUCAUUGUGAACCCCAGCUUCCAUUUGCAACCAGACCUCCUACCUCAGGGCAGUUUAUGGAAGAUGGUUAAAGAUAAUCUGCACAAGGCUUACUGGGACAUUCUGGAGUCGGAGCUGAACGACGACCCGCCCGAGUAUGGGCAAGCCAUCAGGCUACUGGAGGAGGUCAGAGAGAUUUUACUGUCAAUGCUUCGUCCGGGCACCAAUUGGAUGCGGGCUCAGAUCACGGAGGUGCUGGACAUGGACAUGAUCCGUCAGCAGGCCGACAACGACGCCGUAGACAUCCAAGGGCUCGCCUCUUACAUCAUCACCAUCAUGGGUCAGAUGUGUUCACAAGUUAGGGAUAAGGAUAUCGAGAAGCUCCGCCAAAGCCCCGAUAACAUGGUGACACGGUUCAAGGAGAUCUUCCGUGUACUGGACCUGAUGAAGGUUGACAUCGUCAACUUUACAAUCGAUGAUCUGAGGCCUGUGCUCAUGAGUCCGGGGGUUGAUUUUGAGAGGGCGACGUUCCAUAGAAUCCUGGGCGACAAACCCGGUGCUUUGGAGAUCACCACUGCGUGGAUCAAGUCCGCACUCGAGGAGCUGUCGUCCUCCAACACCAAGGAACAAUGUGAUGGUCAGGAAAAAGGACCGCGGCCGCCUCCCGGGCCCUUUCAGCUCCUCAACGCUGCCUUCCUCCGCAUCCUCACAUGGGACUACAAGAAGAGCGCACUGCCUGAGACCUGGAUGCAGGAUGAGAAACGUCUGCGGGAGAUUCAGUGUCAGCUCCGUCAGGGCCAGGCGGUCAACGCGGUGCUGCUCAUUAUCUACAGUACCGUUGGAGGUCCGGUCCAGGGUCUGCCCUCCUUGUCCUUCCGCCUGAUGUGGAAUAUUAGUGUGCUGCUGGAAGGGAUGCACAGCCCGGACUUUAACCUGGAAAAGGCACUCGAGAGCGUGAGCGCACAAAUCUGCUGCGAUCUCAACAAGUCUUUAACCGAGAGGGACUACCCGGCGCUGACCCCGGCGCUGCAGGCCACCCUCACCGGCCAGAUCUGCAGCAUCGCUCAGAAGGACAACCCCAUCCGCACCCUCGUUGAGGAUCGGGUGCAGCAGUACUUUACAGCACUCCUCUGUGAUCCUAAGUCGCAGGUCAAACCGAUACCAGCCGGCUUGACUCCCAUCCAGAUUGAACUAGCGUCGAUAGGAGCCAAGUUCAUCUCCCUGGUUAACCACAACCGGAGGGUCUAUGGACCUUUCUACGCGGACAUCAUCAAGAAGCUGAUGUUCAGCAGCAGUCCGCCAGCAGCAAACCCUGCGCAGGACACCACUCAGGACCCUGUCUCCUUCAAAUAAAAACUUGUGAAGUCUUAGCAGUGUUUUCGCUACCAGACAGGCUACGGGGGAACUACAACAGCUGGGCGGUGCAUCUGCUUCGCUCAAUUCAGUGUACUCCAAUGGCUGGAGUUGUCUUCAUCGGAUUGCAAAUACAGUUUAUUCUCACUAUAUUAAGCAGUCAAGGUGCUGCUGUGUAGGCAACGUUCCGUAGGCAUCUAAUGUUACCCGUAACCUCUGAUAAGUUCUCUAAAAUAUCCUUUUUUCUCCCCCUGUGAAUAUCUACAGCUUCAAACUUCAGUGUUACAGCGAUCUGUUCUUUUUAUCCUAAUAGUGAUCCCCACAUGGUGCAUUUGUCAGAAUUCCCUUAUGUAAGCUUUACCAAGUAAAGAGAAAGACGUUUGUAUAUUUAGAUAAGUCGUAUAUGAGAUUAUAUAUAAAAAAAAAUAUAUAUAUAGACACAAUUUUGACAACUGCUAUAAUAUAACUUAUUUAUGCAAAACAGAUUUCCCAUCUAAUUCAUCUUUUGUGAUUGUUGUUCUUUUAACUUCUUUAUGAUCCAAAUAACCUAACUUUCUUUAUACAUUUUUGAUUCACUGGUAAAGAAAAGUAGAAAACAUUUAGAAAUUGGGCAUUUUUGUUUUUGAAAAAAAAGACAACAAAAUCUGCAUGAGUAGCUGUGUGUUCGUCUUAUAUCACCAUGAGGGAUAUGUUGUAUGUUCUAUACGUUGAUUUAUUCCCUGCCAGUGGAGGACUUGUUGUAUUGAUUUAGUUGCUAUGUCCGUUAUGUGUUGAGGUACUGUAGUUGUUACAGUAUUGCUUUGUUGGCUGUUAGAACCUGCAGGAAAACAAACCUCAAAGUAAUUUUGUGUCCAACAAUGUUUUCGUUGGUCCCAAUAAUUCACAAAGAAAGGUGUUAUGUACUUUUGAAUUGGUAUUCAUGAAAUGUGAGAAGCUGUUGUUGUUUUUCUGUACCACAGUAAAUAUAAUUAAACUUUAAAAAAAAACAUUGA